GCCUAUUAGUUCAUUUGGUACGGCUUUUGUCGAAUGGUAGUUUACCUGACUACCAUUAAGCGACACAACAUUUUUGACCAUGGGCAACAGCGACGACGAGGGCGUGGCAUUUCAGGCGAAUGCGCUGAACGUGGUGGGGUCCUGGUUACUGGGAGGUGACGGUGACGAUGUACAGGAGGAGGAGCAGCAACAACUGGAGCAGCAGACGCAGCGCCGCCCUGUGACGCUCUACCGGCCGUCUUCCGCUUCCUCUGGAAAGAGUCUACCGAGUCUUACGCGACCCAACGCCGCGAAUGCCAAUGCAGAUGCGGCACUUACAGAUCAGGAGCGCGAGAUGAAGCGCAAGUUGUUGCGCAAACCACGGGGCAGUCGCGCAGAGGAGGCGGCAAAGGCGGAGAAAGAGGCGCAACAACAGCGCGAGGAGGCACAGGAUGAGGAAGAGCAGGAACUCGUACGCCUCAAGACGCAGAGCGGCAAGGACGACAGGAAACGAAAGCGUACAGCACAGGACGAGCUGUUGGACAAGUUGCGCGAAGAAGCAGCCAAGAAGAAGGCUAAAAACUUAAAGCGUAAACUGCAGCUAAAGCGCAAAAAGCAGCAGCAGAAUGGAAUCGCCGCCGCCCACUGACGAUGGAGAACCAUCUUGUAAUUUAAUGACGACGAUGGGGUUUGCACAGAAUUCAAAUAGUUUGGAGCUUGUCCUGACUGUGCUGCUUUGAUCACGUGGCCUCGGUGUUUCCGCGUUUUAUUCUCUCGACUGGCUUCAGUGUCGUGAUCGCAUCGCUUACAGCGAGAAUUUAGUCAGCGCUGGCGGAAGUGCGUCGGAAUGGGUUAUUGCUGCUUCGUGACACUAGUGUUACUUGAUGCUCACGCUUUGACUGUUCAGAAUCAAGAGCUCAUGGUGUAGCUAUUGGUAGGCGAGUGAUCCAUGAGCCAGCAGCUCCAGGGUGGAGCAGUGAAAUGCAAUAUACCUCGUCACAUCUCGGCUUUAUUUCCAAACUUACCCGUCAAUUCAACGCCGUUUGCGCCUCCUCAAGCAUAACUGAUCGAGUUGGUAUCUGCUCGACUUUGGCGCCAAGAUGACGGCUCUCAAUAUUCUAGCGCGCAUUCUAA